AAUAUACUGUACAUUAAUACCGUCACUUCGCCGAGCCAUUUCGGAUGGAACCGUGCCCUUGUUUACGCCCUUGCCGACCGAGGCCAUAAUCUUACCGUGUUCGGUGUGGACGCCGAGGACGAUCCACCGGCGAACGUGACCUUCAUUCUGCUGGAGAAUGUGUACCAACUGUUGUACAGCGAUCCGGACAUGAGUAUAGAUUUCUUCGAGAUGGCAAAAAUGAACGUAUUCGCGAUGCUGAAAUUGUUCGUGGAGUUUAUGCCGAUUGUGUGUGACAUGGUGCUGCGUUCCGAGGGGGCGAAACGGCUCUACGACUAUCCGGUGGACUUUGGGUUCGAUCUGAUCAUAAACGAUUACCUUAGUGGACCGUGUUUGUCGGCCCUUGCCCAUCACCGAUUCGGGCAACCACCGGUAGUAGCAGUGACCGCAUACCAUGGCGUUUCGACCACCCUUUCCAUGACCGGGGCCUAUCAGUAUUCAGCCCUUAUUCCGAACCACGUGCUCGACACGAUGGAGCAGAUGAGCUACCGUGAACGGUUUGUCAAUCUAUUGGCCAACAUGUGGGAAGAAGUGUUGCAGCGCUGGGAUAUGAUUCCCAAGGCGAACCAGCUGCUUCGGCGCUACGAACCAUCUUUGCCGGACGUUGGGGAGUUCCUUCGACAAACGAAACUUGUGUUGCUAAACGCGAACCCGAUUAUCCAGUUCACCGAACCACUGAUGCCGAACAUCAUUCCGGUCGGUGGUCUGCAGAUCGUCAAACCAAAGCCACUGCCGGAAGAUCUUGCAACGCUGCUAGACCGAUCGGGCCCUGGCGGUGUUGUGCUGUUCUCGCUCGGGACGAAUGUGCGCAGCGAUCAGCUGGGCGUAGUGCGUAUCAACGGAAUCCUGGAUGCGAUGCAGGGCCUGCCCGAGUACACGUUCCUGUGGAAGUUCGAGUCAGACGCGAUGCCCCGGGCGUUGCCAGCGAAUGUGCACGUGCGUCCGUGGCUACCACAGAAUGCCCUAUUGGCACACCCGAAGCUGCGACUGUUU